UCCGGGAGGCGGCUCAGUUAGACAUGGACGACACUGUUCAACUCACGGAUGGUGGAUUCACUAAAAAUGUGGCUAGAUCAGGCAGAAGAGCCCGUCAGUCAUCUGAGAUGACCGCUGCUGAAGACUCUCAUCAGAGGAAAUCAUCUUCAUCAGUCAGUAGUGCUUCUGAGGGUCCUCCACCUAAACCAGCACGCAGACAGGGCGGAUGGGCCGAAGAGAGCACAGGAACCGGAUCAGCCAAGUCUGCCAGGCGUUUCGCUGCAGAGGACCUGGAGGAUCGGAGGUUAAGACCACAGACCCCUGAGGGCUCUGACAAUGAAGGCGACAUCCCAGUGAUCCCAGACCUGGAGGAGGUACAGGAGGAGGAUCUCAGCAUGCAGAUCGCCGCUCCGCCCAGUAUCCAGGUGAACAGAGUUAUGACAUACAGAGAUCUGGACAUGGACCUGAUGAAGUAUUCUGCUUUCCAGACGCUGGAUGGAGAGAUCGACCUGAAGUUACUCACAAAGGUUUUAGCGCCGGAGCAGGAGGUGAGAGAGGAGGAUGUUGGUUGGGAUUGGGAUCAUCUGUUCACCGAGGUCUCGUCUGAGCUCCAGACGGAAUGGGAUCAAGGAGAGCGAGACGAGCAGUCUCCCGUUCCCGUGUCCUGAGCACCUGACACGUGUGUGUUUCUGUAGUGAAUGGGAUGUUGGACACAUCUCAAGGCUCUGAGGCGUUCUCAUUAAGCUUAACCUUGGAAAGGCAGAAACAUUGUUUUUCUUAACUGGAUCAAUCUGGAGACAUUUGUCAGCGCUGGUAGUAUCUGGAGAAAGAGUAAAUCCAAGGUUAAUGAGCGAGUAAACUGAAAUCCAGUUGAUUGAGUUAAAAUGAACUUUGCACAUCCGAGCGUGCCGCUCUUAUCAUUAUUGACCACACGGCAUCGACCUUCUCUGAGCCGCUGGCCUGACAUGUCUUCUGCAGCUCAGUUCUUCUGCUGAAAUCUUGAUUCUCUCCCGUAUCAAAUAUCUUAUAUUCCUCGUUAGCAGGGAGGUGCGCCUAAUCAACACCAGAUAGUGUGGAUUCAAAACCCAAAUGCGAAACGUCCGUCAUCGCUUGGUCACCCGCGUGUUGUUUUCUUAGCUGUUCUUCUACGCGUACCUGUAUUUUGGCGUCUUCUGGGUGCAAAAACACCUGUAUUGUUUUUUGGUAUGCAUAACAAAAACACCACUUUUUUUUGUAGUUACACAGAAACACAAAUACGUGUUGUUAUACGAAACGUAUAUAUUAUAACAUAUAAAACAACAUUUUACACUGAACUGUGCUCAACCCACCCAGCGCACCUCACUGCACGUUUACUGUAGUAACAUGACGGUCAAUUUUAUGAAGGAAAGAAACGAUCCUCACCCAUCAGGAAUAAUGUGCUCGACUUCAUGCAGUAUUUAUUGUCGAAGUCACAGCUUUUUUUUUUAAAGCGAAAGUAAACUUUCUCUCACUAAGUAAAUCUGAUGACGAGCGUCAAUGCUUUGCUGUGUUAUUGUGUGGGGGCGUUAACUGUGUUAACGGUCAAAACUUCAUUGAAUCCGAAGUUCUCAAACUUCUGGUCUCUAACACUGUUUCUGCCAAAUCCAUUUGAAGUCAACACGAUCAAACCAUGAUAAUACUAUACAUGAUGAUAAAUGGAAUAUUAAUGAGCAAUAACAAGGGGGCGGGACUUGAUUUUAUUCAGGAUGAAUUGAUUGGGUGAUAAAAGUGGAUGUUUUCAGAGAAACAUUAUGAAGACAGACGUAUAUUGUUGGUUUGUUAUUAAUUCCUUCAACAUGAGACCAGAAAUGCGAAAACGGCUUGUUAGUCAAAAAACAUCUCUGAAUCUCCAAAAGAAUUGUUUGUUGUUUAGUUUAUGUUAUCAUCCGUCCGAAUAAUAUAUAGUGUAUACUGUAUGUGAAAUGUGUUUGAUAUCGCUCAGGAGUAAAGUCAGGUGAUGUAAGAUCUCUCACACACACUUUUCUCCGUCUCUCUCUCUUUCUCCUCACAUGAGGUUUUUUUGGGCACUUUUAAUGAAUUCUGCCCAUAUGCCCCGAGCAGCUGCCGCGAUGCCCCUUCCUCCCCCCUCCCGCAGAGCUGUGAAGUGCCCAUCCAUGUACAGACAACCUCUAGCUGUCUCUCUGAGGGAGACACGCCGGUGCCCACCAUCUCACCGCUCUGCCAGCCCCAUCAGAAGAGCGCCGAGCUCAGAUUAAAGUCCUGUGAUAGCGGGGAACUGACCCGCCCCGCACAACUGAUCCCAGAACCGACCCGUCGGACUGAGGAUUACAGCGAGAGAGAGAGAGAGAGAGAGAGAGAGAGAUGCUUGGCAUGAGGCAGCGUCCAGCAUCUCAAAGUCACCUCUCCUCUCUCUCUCUCUCUCGCUGUAUCUCACUUCAUCCAGAUCUCGUUCUUUGCAUCCCUUCAGAAAGAUCUUCUGGACAUUAUUUCUGAACCUUUACUCUGUUUUAUCCUCUUUCUUCUGUUUGACAAAAUUAAAGAACACAAGUGAUUUACACAUCCGGAUUUUCUUUAUGAGAUGAUAUUAAAACGCAUCCUUUGACUUACUGACCAUCAUUUCUCUGUCAAUAUUGAAAGUUCAUCAGUGGCCAGUCGAAGGCUGUCUACAUUUCAAAACUUCAAAAUGUUUAACUUUCAAAGCAGUAAAACAUGACACGCUCUCACGUGCAUUAUUUUUGUUUUGGCAUUUAUUUACUUUAUGCUUUUUUAAAUGACAGGUAAAGUGAAAGUUGCAAAAGUGAAAAUGUAGACUGGGAAUCAUGGCAAGACGACCACUUCAAAGUAAUAAAUCUGUAGAUUAUGAUAUUUUAGCUAUGACUGGAGAGGGUCCUGUUACCCCAAUUAUUUCUUGGAAGUUAUUUGUUUAUUUAAAAAAGGCAAAUCGCUACAAUUUGCUCAAUGUCCUCAUGUUAUUAGCAUGUUCGCCAUGUGGCUUUAUUUCAAGUAUUUGUUCAUUUUAUGGGAAAAUCUUCCAUUUAAAAACCAUGUAAAACAUUUUUAUAGUUUUCUGAGAUUGACCAAUACACAUGUUGAAUAGAAAAAUAUGCCCGUUAUUAGAUUCAGUUUAUUUUUGUUUAAAAUGUUACCCAUUCAAUGGAAUGGCCCCUAUAAUAUAAUAAAUAAAUAGAAUGUCAUUAAUAUAAGAAAUAUUAGAGUGCAUUGAGCUGAUUAACUGCCAUCGUCUUUAUGUGCGUUUCCAUCAUGUCAUGAUGGGGUAUAUGCACACGGAGCGAUGACGUAUUUCCACUAAUAUCUCAGCCAGCUGUGUUUAUCCGGCGCAUGUAGCGUCCAUAGGAAACAACGGCGUGUUUCACUCGGCCGCUUCAAGAUGCACCUCAGAUUACGACGUGAUUCAAAUGAUCCAAACACUACGUCAUACAUGGACAACGCGCUUCAGGCUCUCCGUUUCUAAGAUACAAUCACAAAUAUGAAAGAAAGCUCAGUGUACUGUUUCAUUUACUCGAGGCAUGAUGACAAAGGCAUGUAGCAAUGUUCAGCCAUAGAGUUGUCCGUUUGCUGAAACGUUUUUUACUAAACACAUUGUUAUCGCUUAUUGAAAAAUCACAAUGAGAGCAGAAGUGGCUUACGUACGUCAUCGGCCCAGAUGCAUAUACCCCAUGACCACAACUACACGAUGUUGUAAGUGUUCACGUCCUCCUACAGCUGGUAAUUACAACUGGCAGACCGGGAGCUUUCUGAGACUUACCACUGCAACCUCAUGCAGAACCGCAGAAAAAUGGCGGCUGCUAUUGUUGCUAUAGAAACGUGUAAUGUCGAGUUCGAGUAGAACAUGUACAUCUAUGAUGAAAACAGCUUCUUUGAAGAACAUUUUUAUAAAGCUUCAUUUUUGGAGACGCAAACGAAACAUGCGCUUUCCAACAAACACCUAGUGUGGACUUAAAGACCUAAAGCUCAGCAGGAUGACGUUAUACAGGUUUAUUAAAAACUGAAUGGCCUCUGGCCUUUUUUUGGAGCUCUUUGGUGUAUUUUUGAUCAAGUCGGAUGCUUCAUUGUCGUUGAGGGUGGAGAUCAUUGGCUCUGGUGCCGUUGUAAUAUGUCCAGGUGCUGACAGAUGUUUCUCCGUCUUAUCUGCUCUCAAUAUCUCUCAUCCAUAUGGGCCGGAGGCAAUAUAGUGGCGUGUAAUUAAAGCGUUAAGUAAAUGUGCAGAGAUGAAGAGAUAAAGAGAGCGAGUCAGCGUCUGAUAUCAGCUCAUGUUCUGAACGGAGAGUGACGGGUGCCGACAGACGCCGCUAAGUGUGGAAGUCAUGAGAUGUUAUGAGAACACGCUUCUAUCUGCUGCAGCACGUGCCGCCGCUCGCCUGACCGACCUGCAUUGUUGUCUUCCUCACGGGCUGACAUAGAAAGCACGCGGCUUUAUUUGUGGACGCAAAAAUGCUUUCCAAACCAACACGUCAACGUCCAGAUCUCACGGCAUUCAUGAACUGUUUUGUGAGGAGGCUAGUUUGUAUGAACACGAAUGAUUAUAAGAAAUAAAGCCAUAAUGAAGCCCCGCCCCUAAACGCAAAAUGUACAAAUUCAGAUAAGCCUCGUUCUAAAAUGGUGAGGAAAUCCAGUGAGAUUGGGUUGGAGGUCUUCAUUGGCUCAUGCUUUGGUCUGGAUGCGGUUCUACUCGCUCUCGUGUGAAGUUGACGUGUGUGUGUGUUUCACAUUGAAGAUGAAAUACGGCGGGUGCGUUCGCGGUGUGUUUUAUGAUUUGACCCUCUCUCCCCUCGCUGCUGGACAUGUGCCCCUUUCAUUUUUCACAUGACUGCUUUUCUUAUCAGGGCGACGCUCGCGGCCGCUGAUUCUCAGGCAAUAAAACACAAAACAUUCUGUAAAACACGGAGCCGUGAGAAAUUAUGAUAAUAACUCAGCGGGCGUGUUGAGGUAAGCUGGAUGGAGAUCCGGGGUCUGCGUAGGGACAGGUCAAGGUGGUCUCCGCCACGCCGGCCUCCUAUAAACCCUCUCCAUCACCGGAGUCGCUGGAGCGCGUGCAGCACCGACUGUCUGCGGUGAUGACGGCGGCAGUAAAGCGGGAUGGAUUGGCGACUGUGGGUUCGCGUGUGGAGGUCAGGGACCGGGCCGGAGCGUAUGCUUGAUGUGAACGCAUUAAAGGUUGCAAGGCAACGCGUGUCAAGCGAUCAGAGCUUCAUGAUCUACAAUUCAGAUCAGAUGAGAAGCAAAACCUGAAGAGCCCACAAAGCAUCCGGACACACGAGGCCACAAACACUCCGAGCAUCACAGCCACAGUAACACACCUCAGCACAAUACUUCUUCAUUCCGGAGUAUGAUAUACUGUAGUUAUGAUUGAGAUUAUUACACACGUUAACAUCAGCUCAACUGCUCAGCAAGAAUCUUCAAGCAAGACUUCUCACGCUUACUGUAAGCUCAUUUAAACAAGUAUACUCACAAAAGUAUAUUUUAAAGUAUGUAGUAAGUAUACUAAUAUCAGUGUACUUGCAAGUUUCCUCAAUUGGUCGACUGUUUGCUUUAUAAAAGUGUACAGUUUACUUUUAGCGUAACAGUAGAAAACUUUGAGUACAAACUACACUUUGCAUGUUGUAUUGUAACUUUACAAGUCAACGUAUAGGUAUACUGAUCAUUAAUACUGAUAAUACUAGUUCAGUAUGUGUAGUGUAGUGUUUGUUCAGUUGAUGAUUAGUACACUUCGAAGAAUACAGUAAACUACUUUACUCUUUAACCGUAUUUAUACUGCAAGUGUACUUGUACAUUUUCAUUUAACAUCAUACUUAUAGUUGACUGUUUGUGUGUUAUCUUUACACUGUGUAGCCUAAUACUAUGUUUCUCUUUAGCUCAUCAUCGGUAUACUUGAAAUAUACACCUUUAAGUGUACUUGAAGUAGAUUUAAAUAAAUGUCUAUGAUCAGUGUGUAAGAUUUACUCUAAACUCUUUCAGCUCAAAGCUGAACAUGUUACUACAGUAUUUAAACUUGUACGUUUAUAAGACUUUUCUGUCAGUAUAAGUCAAGUACACUUGUCGUUUAAUCUAUAUUUCUGUAGACUGAAAGUAUACAGUACAUUCUCAUUUUUUGUUUAAAAGAAGUAUUCAAAUACAGUAGCACACUUUGUUUGUGUUAUUGUGUUUGUCUAUCUGUGCUAUAAUUCCAGAAGGAAUACACUUUUGGUGAGUUUGUUUGUCUGAAAAUUGUUCUUGCGCAUCUUAACUUUUGUUCAUUCAUGUUCCUGCUCUCUUUUUGUGCAUGUGCGCAUUCUUACAAAAGAAAAGAAAUGAUUUAUGUCCUGUAAUCUUUCAUCAGAAGUUAAUAACUCUAUAAAACAUCUUUGUUUUGGCUGACGUCCCAAAUCUGGUAUGUUUUGAACCUCUCCCCUCCAGCCACAAAUGAAUCGCAAAUGAUCCUCACUGAAUAUCAGAGAAUGUCACAUUACAGAAAUCACAUGUUUAUGUUGUUUCAGGUUGACUUUGAAAUAAAUGAUGUUAGUUGUGAUGUGAUGCGAUGUCAUUCAGUCGUUUUCAGGUGUGAAGAGUGAAAAGUCUCUUUAUUCUUCAGGGCUGCUGUAAGACAGAAAGCAGGUAAGAAGUGAAGCAUGAGGUCCGUUUCGCACCUGCUGCAGCUGAGACCCCCAAACUUCCUGUGACAUCUGUGACACUGUCAUUCUACUUCCUGUGUCUCAUGUUUCUUUCUUCCUGUCUGCCGGGGUCAGGUGUUCCAUCUGUCCAGAUCUGUUGGGGGUCCGGGCAGCUCUACAGGGGCGUGCUGAGAGGCUCCUGGACUCUUGUGGCGAGCCUGCCGGGGUCUCUCAGUGUUUCUUUAAAUCCGAAAGGCUUCCAUCGUGAGGUUGUGGUGCCAGCUGGCCGACCGACACACCUCCACAACACUCUGAACCGAUGCAUUAGUGCUCACAGUCGAGUAGAACUGAAAAUGGCCUUUUAAACCUGUUCCGUGAGCUUAAUGUACAAGUUAAAGGAACUCGAUGACGUACAGCUGUCUGUGGAGCUCAUGCACUUUCUAUAAUGCUCCACAUGAUGAAUUCCAAACAUAUGGUGACAUAAUGCACUGAAGAUGCUGUAUGAUAAUGCUGUGCGCAGGCAUUAGAUGUGUUGUUGGUAUAUUUCGAGAAGGUGUUCUGGCGGAACUCUGGUUACUCUGACAGUGUUUGGGAGGUCAUUUCAUUAUUGGACGGCAAUGACAGAGAAGCGAUCUGGACUGGUGAGACGCUUUUAUUUGGAGAGAAAUGAGAGGCAGUAGUAAGCCCGCUCUGUUUUACCACUGGAUCUUUAACUGAACGAUAUGAAGCGUAUAGAAAUGCUGGUUUGUGUUCGUAAUAGUGACUUCAGUUUGUCUAUUUCACUUUGAAGAGAUAACUGUACACUGUAAAAAAAUCCCAUAAAGAAAAUGGAAAUUUUCCAUCAGUUGGGACACCAGUAAACAACCGUAAAAUAACUACAACAAAAAAAGAGUUUUCACGUAAAAUCACAUGUUGUUCUUGUAAAUUUGAUUUGUUUUCUGUAAUUUGAUGGUUUUUACCGUAUUUCAAAAAUAUGAAAAAAAAUGAUUUUUACAUAUAAUGUAAAAAGGUUUUACUCUCAGUAGCUGAUUCAUAAACGUUGAACCCUAAUAAACAUGUAAAU